AUGGCGAUCGACAACAACGACCAAGCUCUUAUCCAGUCGAAUAAUGAAGGAAUAUCUUUCAUUUUUCAAACUUUACGAGUACUACUAGGCCUCCAAUGGAAGCAGUCCAUUUGCGUGUUCACAAUAUUUGUCAUCUGCAUCACCAUCCUAGUUCAGGUGAUACUAAGGCUGAACGAGAGGAUACAACAGCUGGAAUCAGAGGUUCAAGAAACUCUACGGACACGGAAAGACGUUGACAUGCAAAUCGAAGCACUGAGGGAGGAGAUUGAAAUUAGUAGGGAAGUGGACAGAGAGGAGAAGCUCUGCCUGGUCGAGACUGCCAAGCAAAUUAUGAAGCAGCGCAACGUGAGUGUGAGAGGACACGACGAGCUUGACGAUGUUGAUACCGGAUCUUUUGAGCGAGGGAGUACUAUCGAAAGCGAUAGUAUAGACUGGGCCAACGAGGACCAGAACGAUGGAAUCGGACGAGAUUCAGACGAUGGCGCCUCAUGUCCGUGGUGUUCGCAUGCACAUGUGUUAAAAUUGGGCGAUUGUGCUGGAGACGAUAACUGUGAUGGAUCAGUCCAUAUACCGUAUUGUCCGAGCUGUUUUGAUGACGAGUCGGUUUUACAUGAUCCAGCACACAAUACGAUCUGUUCAGAUGGAGAAUCCAGUGUUAUUGACGAAACGGCGAGCUGA